AUGGACCCCAGCCGGCAGUAUAUACCGGUGAGGCAGCGCUUCGGCCUUGCGCCCAGCGCGAGCAGCGGUCACGGCAAUUCAGAGGUCAGUCACCCUUAUCCCGCUUCUCAAGGCUUCUACCAACCGCCUCAAGAUGAGUACGCCGGGAGAGGAGGAGGCUUUGGUGGCGCGGCUUUCGCAGGUCAACCUGCAGUCGGCGGCUACCAAGGGUGGGGUCAGCAGGGCUGGAACGGAGAGUCGACCUCGACAGCGCAAGCGUCAAGGCCAAGCACCGACUACGACUACGGCUACUACGGAAAUGUCACCGGAGGGUGGAGUGGCGGUGGAUGGCAGCAGUCGUAUGCAGGCUACGGAACCGCCGCGCCGUUCGGAGCGACUCAAGGGCAAAGCAGCUUCGGCUACGACUACAGAGGCUACGCCAGCAGCUGGGAUGGCUGUGGAUGGCAGCCAGGGCAACAAUACCACGCUCAACGCGAAAGCGGAAGCAUGGGUGCCACCACAUCGACGCAACAACAAGCCCAGCAAGCCUACCAACGCGCAGCAGAGUAUUUUCAUCACCAUGGUUGCUAUCCGCCGCUGAACAUGCUGACCCCGCCAGCUCUCCACGUUGAAGAAGACGGUGGCGUGCGCUUGUCGCCGCCCACCGCAGCUUUUAACAACCUCGGGAUCCAACCGAUCGCUACUGGGAACUAUGCAUCCGCUCCUCCGGGACAACAGCCCCAGCCUAAAUACCCGCGUAGGUCGCACAAAGCACAGAAGGCCGAGCGAACCAAGCGCGACGAGCUCGUCAGAAUUCUCCCUGUACCCCGGCCAACACAAGAGUACAUCCAGGCCAGCGGUGCCGCGCCAAAGACUCUCGCCACCGCCCGCCCUCUCCUCGUCAUCCUCGACCUCAACGGCACCCUCCUCCACCGCUCCGACCGCAGCACCAGUUUCCUCGGCCGCCCCAACGUCGCCACAUUCCUCGACUACCUCUUCGAGAACCACAAAGUCAUGGUCUGGUCCUCGGCCGGCCCCAAGAACGUCCGCGGCAUGACCGACCAGCUCUUCACCAAGAAGCAAAAGCAGAAACUCGUCGACGUCUGGGCGCGCGAUAAGCUCCGCAUCCCGGGGAACCUUGCCCAAUAUCGUCUCCAGGUGUACAAGCGGCUGACGUGGGUGUGGGAGGACAAGGCGGUUCAAGCCGCGCAGCCUGACGCGGAGGGGAAGUGGGACCAAGCGAAUACGGUUUUGAUUGAUGAUAGCGCGGAGAAAGCGGCGAGCGAGCCGUUCAAUGUGGUGCAGCUCGAGGAGUUUGAGGGGAGGGAGGAUCAGAUGCAGAGUGAUGUGUUGGGGGAUGUGAUGAGGUAUCUCGAGGAGCUGAAGGUGCAGGCGGAUGUGAGCGUUUAUAUGCGCAAGACGCCGUUUGCAUGA